AUGGCAGCGGCAGCAGAGGCUCUGCUCCAAGGGCCAGGCUUGCAACCUCCACCCGGAGUGAUCCCCAACCUCACGGAUCCACCCUCCCAAGUUCGCUGGGUGUACAUCACAUUGCCAAUUUGUUUGGCUGUGAGCACACCAUUCGUCUGGAUAAGACUGUGCACAGUGUUCUUCAUUCUCAAGUCGCAUGGAUGGGCGGACUAUGCCUCCGCGACGGCGUGGGCAUUCCUGGUGGGGUACUGUACAUCUAUGUACUUCACCGCCGAGUAUGGCGGCGGAGUCCAUCAAUGGGAUGUACCAUUGGGUCGUGUUUUAGAAUUCGCAAAGCUAGCAAACACAACCGAAAUCCUCUACAGCCCUGCCAUCUUCCUCGCCAAACUUUCCAUCCUCCUCAUGUAUCGCCGCCUCUUCGACACAGCCGGCACCGGCAAAACCCACCAUCUCAUCCACAUCCUCAUCUGGGCCAACCUCGCUUUCUACUUCCCCUACCUCUUCGCCAGCAUCUUCCAAUGCGUACCCCGCGCUCGCAUCUGGAAUCCCACCCUCAAAGGCGGCUGUGUCAACCUGCAAGCCGCCUUCAUCGCCGCUUCCGCGAUCAACGUCGUCUCCGACUUCUCAAUCCUCCUCCUCCCACUCUACCGCAUCUCAAAACUCAAACUCCCAACCAGGCGCAAAAUCGGCGUCUUGGCCAUCUUUGCCGUCGGCUUAUUGUACGCACCCCUCCUCUCCCACCCCACGUCCUGA